AUGCCACGCGAACCUCGACGCCGCUUCCACAACGAUGAUGAAGACAGCGAGGCGCACAUGGACGCUCUCGGGCAAUGCCUAAAAGGCCGAGAGCGCGCCCGAGACCGGCUGAUCGCUCGUCUCCGACGCCUCGACGAAGAAAUCGAGGCGAUAGAGCAAUCCAUGCACCGGCUCGCUCGCUACGGCAUUGAGCGCGAUCCAGCCCCAACGCCUCCGCCACAACAACAGUCGCCUGAGAGGCGCUCUCCACGAACUCCUGAGUUUGUCGAGACCUACGGAGACCCUGUUCAUUCCGACGAAGUCCCUGCCAAAUCGGAUUGUCUGAAAUUUUACGGGGAGUCGUAA